GGUUGACCUGCAUUUCAAUGUACAUCUGUUUCAAAAUGAUAACGUCAGUGAUUUCUUUAGCUUUAUUUAUCGGCUACGUUACUUCAGUUCAAGUUACAAUCGAAGAAGGUAUUGUAGAAGGUGUUGAGGUUAACAAUCAUUAUGGAAGUCCAUACCACAGCUUCAGAGGCAUACCUUAUGCUGAGCCCCCUCUACAAGACUUACGAUUCAAGGCCCCUCAACCUUUCAAACCAUGGACUGGUGUGAGACAAGCUAAGGAAUAUGGAUCUGUUUGCUUACACUAUAAUUUGUUCAUCGUGCCAUAUCCUCCUGCUACGGGCAGUGAAGAUUGUCUCUUUAUUAAUGUUCACUCGCCAAAUGUUACAUCACAAGAACUAUAUCCAGUUAUGGUUUGGAUCCAUGGAGGAGGUUUUGUCAGUGGUAGCGGUGAUGAAUAUGAGCCCGAUUUUUUAAUAAGAAAGGGAGUGAUUUUAGUCACGUUUAAUUACCGACUAGAAGUUUUAGGCUUUCUCAGCCUUGGAACAGAAGACGCCCCUGGAAACGCAGGAAUGAAAGACCAGGUUCUAGCUAUGCGUUGGGUUAAGAAAAAUAUUAGAAAGUUUGGAGGAGAUCCGGACAACAUUACUAUUUUUGGAGAAAGUGCUGGUGGUGCAAGUGUUUCAUACCAUCUGAUCUCACCGAUGACAAAAGGUCUUUUUAAAAGAGCAAUAACACAAAGUGGAACUGCUAACGGUUGGUGGCCAAAUACAUACAGAGCAAGGGAAAGGGGCAUUCAACUCGCGCGAGAAAUGGGUAGUAAUGCAACGGACACAAAAGAUGUAUAUGAGUUUUUGAAAAUACAACCUAUGGAGGCUUUUGUCAAUAGAUGAAUAGUCGUCACAUACACACAGUCCACCAAAGAAUCACCGAACGUUUAUUUUGGUAUAGUAUCAGAGGAAAAUAUUGCUGGUAAUGAAGUUUUCUUCCAAGGUGACGUGUAUGAUACAUUGAGAAAUGGAAUCCAUGAAGGUAUUGACGUAAUAAAUGGAUAUACAGAAGACGAAGGCACACUCUACAUAGCGACAGGAACAAACAUACCUAGAAUAUUCGAACAGGCUAAUCAGUUCUAUGAAUUUUUUGUACCCGAACCUCUAACAUUACAAGUCCCUGUCGUUGAACAAACAAAAAUUGGGAAAUACAUGAAAGAUAAAUAUAUGAAUGGCGCUGUCGUUUCAAGAGAAAAUAUUGACGACCUACUGAAAUAUUUUGCAUUUGAAAAUUUUGUUUACGCUGCUCUCUCUUGGCAGAAAUUUGUAGCUAAAAAUAAUAAUAACAAUAAAAUAUACUUGUAUAAAUUUACAUGUAAAACAGAGAUGAAUUUAGCUAUCAAUGCAUCAGCUGAGGCUGCGGCAUUGUUCCCUCAUAGAAUCUUAGUCGGGCAUGCUGAUGAUCUUCCUUACUUCUUCCCCUUUGGAAAAGACUUGGUAGAUAUGAAUUCUGAAACAUUUCAGAUCAUUGACAGGGCGACAACACUUUGGACAAAUUUCGCUAAAUACGGAAAUCCUACACCAGACAACAGCUUGGGAAUAACUUGGUCACCAUACACCCUACAAUCAGAGGAUUACUUAGAUCUUGGCAACGUUUUAGCAGUUGGGAAAACACCAGAAGAAGAAGAAUUGAAGCUUUGGGAAGAUCUGUUUAAUGAAUACUAUCCCCAUAUAGUGCCAUUAAAUAAUGCUCAUCAUAUGAUGUCCUCAAGGUUUAAACUGUACGCAUUAAGUGUUAUUAUCGCCUUAUAUUCAACUAAAUAUUUAUUUUAAAAAACUAUUUUAGAAUUUAUUGCACAAGGCCACACGAUCAUUAUGAAAUCUCAAUCAAUUUUUAAAACCAAUUCCAGUACAAUUAAUGAAUAUAUAAUGUAUACAUGUGUAUAGUUGUUAUAAAUUUUUAAUCAUUAAAAUUUUAAAUUAAAUAUUUAUUAUUUUAAGAACUCGCCAAACUUUGGGCCAUGCUUGUAAACACGUAAACAAACAUCUAUUUUUUACGAGUUAAUUAUGUAAAACACCAUAUUGGGUUCAAAACAGUAUUUCGAUUAGACAGGCAUAUUAUUUACAAGCAUUUGUUACAUGAAAUAUAAAAAAAUUAAAAGAUUAGAAAUGUUUUUGUAAGACUUAAUGUUUCCACACUUCUACUAUGAGGAUUCUAACAACCACAAUAUGUGACGGUAGAACACAAAUUGGUUACAAUUUCUUCGUUCACAAAAAUAAUACUUAAUAUUUGUAAAUAUGUAAGAAACUACCUACUACCUACUACUACUACUACCGGCAACUAGUCAUUUUAAUAGGUCGCACUGAAAUAAAUGAUUUAACUAUG